CAGUAUGAUCAGGACCAUAUCGAGGAAAUACAGAAUGAUGAGGACCAUAUCGAGGAUGUCGCCGCAACCCAACUUGCAACUACGGCCAUUGACGAACCAAACCUAAGCCUACAUCAUGAGACGCAAUCAAGGUCCGACGUGAAAAAGAGGACAGUUCCCAGGCUGGUGGUAUUCAUCGCCGUUGCUACCAUUGUUUGCCUCGCGUCCGCUCUCCUUUUCCACCUCUACGACCGGUACAUAACGCAGUUCCUAACAAAGAAACGAAGUUCCAGCUGCCGCACAAAGGGUUGCAUGACCGCACAAGCGGAGUAUGAAAUGAUGAUGAACUCGAGUGUGUCUCCCUGUGAAGAUUUCUACUUGCACACCUGUCAAGGAUGGAUCCAAGCUUCCAGCAUUUCGUACGAGGAGUAUCUGAAGGACAAGACACUCAGGGACCUCAACGACACCUUGUAUCACACGCAACUUGGAAGAAAUCAUCCGUCUUGGAACAUGGUCACCUUCUACAGGUCCUGCUACGACUUUCACAGGAUUUCGGUUCCACUACAUGCCGUUGUAGCGAAGAGCAUCGAAUCUUUGGGUAUGAGCCUCCAGGGGAUGUUGUCACAAGCAAAGAAGAGCAUCGUCCAAAUCGCCCCAGGCUUGUCCGUUCACAGAAAGCUGGGGUUCAGCAAAGAGGCGAAUGUCUACAUCAAGAAAGUAAUGACCUACACAGACUAUUCGAUAUUUAACGACACCAUAACUGCGAGACUGAUGUGGUACGAUAUGGUCACGGAAGGGCUACAGCAAGAAUCUGAAAAAUCGGAUCGUAAUACAGUAAAGGUGGUGCCGGUGGUACAGCUUCCUGAAGUCGAAGACAAACUCUCCUGGAUCGAUUGGCGUAAUGCGAUCAACGGCAACAUGAAUACUACGUGGAAGUUGGGGGAAUUUGAUAUCGUUCAAGUUGUGGCCCUCGACCAAAUGACUCAAAUGACGAAGACGUUCUUUGACGAAGACCGAAAGUUGGUUGCCUUAUACAUGUUUAUACAGGCCGUGGUUGAGCUUUUGAAGUUCGACUUCGCCCGCGACUAUAACCCGCACGAAACUUGCAUAAGGACAACCUACGAUAACUUCCCCGGUAUGGUUUUGAACUCAGCAGCGAUAAUGUUGACGAGAGAGAGCGGUCACCUGAUAACAAUCCUUAAUGGCAUUCGAGAGCAAGUCAUAAGCGAAGUAUCUUCCGCGGAAUGGCUCGACGAAACGACGAGACCGAAAGCGGAGACCAAGUUAAAAGCAGUAAAGAUAGAUAUUCUCCAAUAUAAAGAAUCACUAGGACAAACGGGUGCACCCGACAUGGGGCCAGACUUCCUGCAUAAUUUCGUCGCCAUGCGUGGGUACAACAAGGACAUCAGCGUCCGCUUCCCUCAUGCGACGGAAAGUGCGGAGGAUAGUCCACUGUUCCGGGAUUAUCGCUACUCAUCCAUCGAAAAUACCGUCUUUUUGCCAUCAUACAUAAUGACACUCCCGUCGUUUGUAAAGGAGGAGCAAGAUGACUUUAUCAACUACGCAACUAUUGGUUCUCGAUUAGCUGCCCUGCUUUCUCUGGCAAUAUCAGAGAGUGGUUCGCACGUCGACCCGACCGGCCUUCAACUUGACUGGUGGUCCAAAAAGACUCAAGAGCUGUAUAAUGAAAGCGUAGCUUGCUAUGUGGAGCACUACCUGGACAAGGUGGACUUCCAAAAUCCUGUUUCUGCUGACGUCCGAGACGCCCUCUACGCCUCGGCACGUGGCCUCGCCGUCGCUCUCUCCAUGGCAACUCUGGUAGACAGCCGUGCAGAGAUGCUUUUCUUCGGCCGCUACUGCCAGCAGUUUUGUCUUCGGGACUUCGACAAGAAACCGUCACCUCUACCUUCGAGACAUUUAUGCGAGUUUUCCGUAGUCAACCAGCCAAAGUUUUUCAAGACCUACGGCUGUGGGCACCUCACUCGAAUAGGGUCAUUUCAAAAUUGUGAAAUCAUGUAGAUAUUUGCACAGCACAGUAGCAAUGAUUGUAUGAUAGCGUUUUCGAUGAUUAGCGUUUCAAUUUGCUAUGAUUUUUCAUUUUGAUAUAUUGGCGAGAUGUGAAUAUGCGUGCGAAAAUCACAGUGUUUCAUAUUUCUGAUACAAUAUAAACCAACACACAAAGGACAAUGACAUUGUCUCUUCAUAUCAUACCACGGUAAAGCUGACAUUUAUAUCACGUCCCUUUGUAUUGCACACCUCAGAUGAACAUACAGAGUGUUCAUUAAGGUCCUAAAAAUAGAUUUUACUUGAGAAAAUUAUGAAACUACUUGGAAUACGCUCAUACAGACUUUUGCCACAGAUAGAGGCAGUUUGCAUUCAUGUCAAGCAUUAAUUCGAGCGAAUUCUCUUAUUUCCACUCGUAAAUUAGCCGACCAAGGGUAGCAUUUUCCACUGGAGUCUUUUCACAGUGUUUUACUAAAUUUGCUCCAAAGUGGGUUUCCUUUUCAUCACAAGGAAUGCUUACAAGGUAAGCAAGGAAGCUACCGGGUGUCUAAUGCUAAUUGUAAUUAAGUAUCAUGCAGAACGCGACUGGCCAUAUUUCACUGGAAUGAGAACGCCAACCGGUGUCAAGCUGAAAUUCUGUCAGGUCACUAGCAAAGUCCUGAAAAGGGCAUGAAGUUGUGUGUCCCAUCAAAACGGCACCAACCUACAGUAAGAAAAUAAAACUACGGUAUAAGUGAAAGUAUACGGUAUAAGUGAAGUAUUCCACUUUUCACUGUACGUACUUUUCUAUGCUUGAUACUUUGCUACACAGAUACUGAUAUGUAAGCUGAAUACAAGGUACAUAUUGUUAAAAAUUGCUUGUACGAGGACCUUUACCACUUUUGAUAACACAGCUGCACUCAUGUAAUACUUGUGUAUUUAUUGAUCUGAGUGCCUACAUUACAGUAGGUA